AUGAACUCCUCCAUCGCCUCCGCCUCCAUGGCCGAAACCUACUUCCUUGCCUCCAAGGCCCGACAUAAGCUGACCAAGGAGGCCUCUCGACCCGAUCUCCACCUGCGCCAGCUGGUGUCGCACGCCAACCUGGUGGAUCUUCUCAUGGACGAACUGGCCGAGCGACGGGCCAAGGGCAAGGUCAACCACUCCGCCCCUCAGAACAAGAACAUUGUCUCCUCCGACGAGUUGACCCAGGCCAUCAACAUGUCUUCCUCCACCCCAUCGCACAUUAUGGAGGAGGACGAGAGCGACAACGAGUACGAGCAGGUCUCGACUCCCAACUACACCUACCAGGCAUACGAAAGCAUCGAGGAGGUCGAUGAUGACGAAGACGACGAGGAUGAGGAGGUCGAGACCGACUCCGAGUCUGCCUCCACCACCACCUGUUUCUACAACACCACCAACUCUAGUGUUGACGACCUCCAGGCCCCACAACUCUACUACUCCUCUUCCAGCGACGAGGAGGACGAUCUUGAGCAUCACAACACUGUCGCCGAGUCCGACUCCCAGACCCUGCACAAGUCGGGGCCUUUUCAGGUUUCCGAACUUCCCCUUGCAUCCGAGUCUCCCAUCAUUGUCGCAUAA